AUGCAUACACGUGCUUCAUCAAAUUGGGCAAGGAUUGCUUCCUUGCUUGAUGCUAGAUGUUAUCAGAACAAUAUCAUCAGCAAAGCGAAGAUGGUUAAGUUGUCAACCAUCAAUCUUCACUCUCAUGUCGUCCCAUCCCAGCUUUGGUAUUGCGACUCGAGAGUGACCGUGAAUGUUUUAGUCGAUAAAGCUGAGACAUGGCGGCAUUUUAUACUCACGCGAUAUCUCGAUGAGUUCCGAAACUGUGAGAAUAUGGCAAUAGUUGCCAAUAUCAUGUGGAUACCGCUUCUUCUACAACAACACGGUCUUGCUGAUCGUCCACUGUUAGGAACCUCACAUUCCGACAGAGUCGAUACGACGAGCGUUCAUAUUCAUGAUGUUUGGGGGGAUAUUGGACGUCCUCGGUCUUUUUAUCUCUACUACGUGCUGUUUCCUACCAAGGCCGUAUGCUUCCUUAUUUGCGUCCACCGUUGUCCACAUAAACGCAGGUUGAAUGCUGAACUUAAGAAGUGGAUUUUGUCAAAUGUUUGGAAUCAUUUAUGCAAAUUGUAA